UUCAUAUUACCAUCGAACAAUUAUGAAUUUCAUUUCUUUCUGUAUAUUGAUUUAUUUGAGUGUGUCACGCAAAGUCCUUUCAGUGAGGUAUGAGCAUAUCAAUGACUGUGAGUUCAGAAAUAAAAGUAUAAUUGCUGGUUUCGAUGAAAUAACUUUUAUUUGUGGUGCAAAUGAUCGUGAAGACAGUGUUUUCUCUAAAUCGAACGAGACCGAUUGUUCGAAUAUCCAUUCAUGGUACGAUACACGGUACUAUUGGCAUGGGAUUAUUGACUUUCGAAAUUGUAGUUUCCCACAGAUUAAGAGGAACUAUUUUGAAAUGUUCGAAAAUAUGCACACCUUUAACAUUUCAAAUGUCGAAUUGGAAACACUGCAAUUUAACAUAUUUCGGGAUGCAAAAAAUGUGACGAUUCUUGAUCUGUCCAGAAAUAAAUUGGUCGAAAUUCCUUCCCAUAUUUUCUUCAAUGCUAAAAAAUUGAAAUUUGUUGAUUUUUCUAAUAAUGCGAUCAGUUGCAUUGAUCCAACGGCUUUUGAAGGUGCUACAAAUUUGGAAGAAUUAAAUCUAUCGCGUAAUAACAUCAAUGAACUGGAAGAUGCACGCACCAUAAGCUUACCGAAACUGUUGAAAUUAGACGUAUCGUACAACAAUUUCACCAAAUUAACCGAGCACAUCUUCGAUAAAUUGAGCAAUCUGGAGCUAUUGAAUUUAUCCUGCAAUGCCAUUGGAAAAAUAGACAUUAAAACAUUUUCCUAUUUGAUCAACCUGAAGCACCUCAAUUUAAAACGAACGAAUCUGUCGAAUAUUCAAUUUGGAACAUUUUCCCAGCAACGCAAAUUGGUUUUCCUCGAUUUAUCCGAAAAUCAAUUGACCAAACUGGACUUCAAACUAUUUUCACCGGUACUUCCUGAUUUGCAGACACUGAGUCUGGCGUAUAACCAGCUGAAAAAUUUAAACGGUUUUCGGAGCGAGAUUUUCCCAAAACUAAGUUCAUUGCAAAUACAAGGCAAUCAGCUAAGCUGCUCAUAUUUGGCCGAUUUUUUCGAUGUAAUAAACUGGGAAAAAAUCCAUCCGAGUCCGGAAGUGAAUUCGACAAUUUUGUACAAAUCGAAUAUUCUCGGCAUUGGUUGUAAUGAGACGACGGCUGAGAUGGGACUCGAAGCAGAAAAUAUUUUUUUUGACGGAUGGAAUACAGUUAGACAAAACGAUGAUACUGCAAUCAUAAAAAUAUCAUUAACAUACAUCUGUGUUGCCUUGACAUUAUUUCUCAUUUUGUUUACUGUGGCCAAUUCAUACCAAAUCUACGAUCACUUCCGAAGGAUAAUCGCAAGUUGUAAGCGAAUCAGAGCGUAUUCAUCUAAUGGAAAAGUUGUCGAAUUUACUAAUGAACAUAUAUUGAUAACAUAGAUUUGUUUAAAGUUAGAGCUGACGGAAAUAACAUUAACUUUUUGACAUUAAAUUACGCUGUACUUGAACUAUUCGAAUUUCAUUUAAGUUGUCCACAUGCGCAUUUCGGCUUAUCGAACAAAAUAUUAAUUCCAACAGGAGAGGAAC